AUGGACAGUUAUAAUAUCAAGCGAGAAAACCGUAAGAAAUUUCAAAACAAGGAGCGCUUAAAACGCCGCCACGCAACUCCUAGUGACCGUAAGUAUCACCAACAGGGUACUAAUGUUUCCCUAGGUGCUACCGAAACCCAACAAAAAGACAUUGAACCAGAACCGGAACUACUAUCCAAUGAACAUCGGUACUAUAGUGACUUAAAUAUUACUUAUAACGAUGAUACUUUCGAUCCAGAAGUCCUUUCGAAGCUUAAACAAGUCCUUGCUCAGCGCGAUUCCCUAACCACGGAUGGUUCCCGCCCGGGCGAAGCCACCGCAGUAACAGUGAAAGAAAUCAAAUCUAUGACCGUGGAUCAGCUUAAUACUCUUCUACAUGGUCAGAAGCAAAUUGGGGACCUUUCAGUAGGCUCUAAUGCUUCUUCUCAAGCUCCCGCUCAAGUUCCCCACUCUGCCGCCGACGCCACCGAUACCCCUCCUCAACUUCCCCGGUCUGUACCACGUGACCUUCAUGCGGAUGAGGAUUUCCUCGAGUCGCUGUUAUAA